UUCGAUUCAACAAUGGCGGGGAUAGAGGAAGGCAGCCCAUGAGGCACCAAAUAGCGAAACUAGUGAAAGACGGGCUCUACAAAGAAGCCAUUGCCCUGUUCACACACAACCACUCCGCCUCUAUUCCUCCUACAAAUUUCACUUUUCCUUACAUCCUUAAAGCCUGCGCCGAGCUCAAGGCUUUCUCCCAUGGCCGAAUGCUCCACGCCCAUCUCCUCAAAUCCGGGUAUACCAAUAAACACACUACUACGGACCUCACCAACAUGUACAUGAAACUCGGCUUAGUCGACAGUGCCUCCAAACUGUUCGACGAAAUUUCUGACCCAAGUGUGUCCGUUCUUAACGUUGUCAUUUCUGGAUUUUCGCAAAGUGGGCUUUUCGAAGAAGGGUUUAGAGUGUUCGAACUUUUUUGCGUUCCUAGUCUCAGGCUUGAUUCGGUUACGGUGGCCAGCGUGGUGUCUGCGUGUCGGAAUGUGGUGAUUGGCAUGCUAGUGCAUUGUUUGGGUGUAAAGAUUGGUGUGGAGAGGGACGAUUAUGCUGCGACGUCUCUUAUGAAGAUGUACUUGAAUUGCGGGGAGUUGGAUUCUGCUGCAACGUUGUUUGGAUUGAUCGGUAACAAAAAUGUGGUCUGCUUCAAUGCUUAUCUGUCGGGGCUAGCGCAGAAUGGGGUUGUUGAAACAGUUUUAUGCUCGUUUAUUGAAAUGAAGAGAAUGCUUUAUGUGAACCCUGAUGUGGUGACAAUGAUUUCUGUACUAUCUGCUUGUGGAAAUGGUAACUGUGUGAGAUUUGGUAGGCAGGUUCACGGGCUCAUUGUGAAAUUUGAGUUAGAGGGUGACACUAACGUUGGGACUGGCCUUGUGGAUAUGUAUUCAAAAUGCGGUUCUUGGCAAUGUGCAUAUAGCGUGUUUAGAGAAAUGGGAAGUAGCAGGAAUUUGAUAACAUGGAAUUCAAUGAUAGCAGGAAUGAUGUUAAAUGAUCAGAUCGAAAACGCUACCGACCUAUUUGCUGAGUUAGACGGUGAAGUAGGGUUGGAAGCUGACUCGGCGACGUGGAAUUCCAUGGUCAGUGGUUUCUCUCAGCUAGGAAAAGCAGACGAAGCUUUUCUAUUCUUCAGGAAGAUGCUUUCUUGCGGUGUGAUACCAAGUGUGCGAUGUGUAACUAGCUUGUUAGCAGCUUGCUCAUCUCUAUCCGCGCAAAACUAUGGCAAGCAGAUUCAUACAUAUGUUGCGAGAAUGAAGAUCAUUGAUGACGAAUUCUUGGCUACUGCAAUCAUCGACAUGUAUAUGAAGUGUGGGCUACCUUCUUGGGCGUGCAAUGUUUUCAAUCAGUUUCAUAUAAAGCCUAAUGAUCCAGCAUUUUGGAAUGCCAUGAUUUCUGGGUAUGGAAAGCAUGGAAUGAGUGAAUCUGCUUUUGAUAUUUUCGGUCAAAUGGUCGAGCAAAAAGUUAAGCCAAAUUUAGUUACUCUGAGUUGCCUUUUGUCUGUGUGCAGCCACAGUGGCCAAGUUGACAAGGGAUUCCAGAUUUUCAGACUAGUGACCGUAGGAUAUGGUUUAAAUCCAACUCCGAAGCAUAUGAAUAUCUUAAUUGAUCUCCUUGGUCGUUCAGGCAGGCUAGAUGAAGCAUUUGAACUGCUUCAAGCAACAGAUGAAACAUCCACCACUGUUCUCGCUUCUCUGCUUGGUGCUUCCGAGCAAUACUCAGAUUCGAAACUAGGAGAAGAAAUGGUUCGCAGACUUUUAGAAUUAGAUCCUGAAAACCCGAUUCCUUUCGUGGUUUUGUCUAACAUAUAUGCUGGGCAAGAGAAGUGGAAAGAUGUGGAGAAGAUCAGAAAGUUAAUGAACAAGAAGGGCCUGAAAAAAAUCCCUGGCUUUAGUUCAAUAGGAGUAGCAUAAACUACUCCGAGACUACAAUCGAUGGUUAUUCUUUCAUUUCAAACGGCUCCAGUUCGCAUAAAAGAUGGGAGGUUUUAUCUUCAUAAUCUUCAGCGUUAACUUUCUGAUACAUUACGGAUUUGAAAUUUCUUGUUCGGCAAAUCCAGGGUAAUCACUAUAGAAGUUGGGCUGAUAAAAACAGGGGAUCGCAUCUAACAGCGUAAUUACGCCAACUUCAUCAUCCUAACUGGGAAGUAAGUGUCUCUGCCAUUGGCCGUUUAAGCAAUAGCAUUGAUGAACUCCUAAACACUGAGAUCCCUGUAAUUAACAUGGAGAUGGAUUAUUCGAUUUGAGUUGAAUUUGACAUUGGACACGAUUUGGAGAUAUAAAAGCAGUGCCGGAUCAGAUAAACGAUAUGAGUUUACAAUCACAAGUACAGUACUCCGAAGCAUGUUUUUUUUAUAUAGCAGCACCUAGAGUCUCUCUGUUGUAACCAUUUGAAGAUCAACCUUACAUCUGAAAGUAAUACGAUAAAGAUUCUUCUUUUUUCUCGAUAAAUGGUUCGCUGUUAUGUUUAGCAACUCAUCUUGUACGAAUUAGGUUGAUGGAAAACACGUUUUUGAGCAAAAUGAAAAGCUUAUUUAUA